CUACAAUUCUAGUCGAAGUAGAAGUGCAGUCAACUGAAUUCAAUUUUCCUUAUUUAAUCCCCAUCAAAUUCACGUGACCGGGUAAAUAAAAUCCCAAAAACCUAUAUAUACAGCAGCCCCAACACUUCUUACUUUUGCCUUUGCUUUGUUUCAGCAGUGUUGAGGGUCAAGCGCCGCGCCUUUUUCUCUCACUCUCUUCCUUCGCCGGAGAAGAAUCGGAUUUACCCUUUCUUCCGAUCAACCACCUACGAUGGCUAGUGAUGUGGGCGAUGAAGAUAAGGAAGCAUUCGUGGAGGUUGAUCCGACCGGUCGUUACGGGCGGUAUGAGGAGCUGCUGGGCGCAGGGGCCGUGAAGAAAGUGUAUAGAGCCUUCGACCAAGAAGAAGGCAUCGAGGUGGCGUGGAACCAAGUUAAACUACGCAAUUUGAGCGAUAACGAGGGCAUGAUCAACCGCCUGUAUUCGGAGGUUGGAUUACUGCGGAAGCUGAGGAACAAGAAUAUCAUCUCCUUGUACUCGGUGUGGCGGGACGAGAGGAGGAAUACGCUAAAUUUCAUCACCGAGGUUUGCACAUCGGGAAAUUUGAGGGAGUACAGGAAGAAGCACAAGCACGUUUCCACAAAGGCUUUGAAGAAGUGGUCGAGGCAGAUACUCAAGGGCUUGGACUAUUUGCAUACUCAUGAGCCUUGCAUCAUUCACCGAGAUCUCAAUUGCAGCAAUGUCUUCAUGAAUGGCAACAUUGGUCAGGUUAAAAUUGGUGACUUUGGCUUGGCAGUUACAGUUGGGAGAAGUCACGUGGCUCAUUCAGUGAUAGGGACACCAGAGUUCAUGGCACCCGAACUGUACGAUGAAGACUACACGGAGCUAAUAGAUAUAUAUUCAUUUGGCAUGUGCUUGCUUGAGCUGGUGACUCUAGAGUUGCCAUACAGCGAAUGUGAGAAUGUUGCCAAGAUUUACAGAAAGGUAACAUCCGGGCUGAGGCCAGAAGCCAUGAAAAAGGUUAAGGACCCGGAGGUGCUAGCAUUCAUCGAGAAGUGUCUAGCUCAGCCGAGGGCUAGACCUUCCGCUUCCAAUCUCCUCAAGGACCCGUUUUUUGAUGGAAUUUAUGAUGAUGACGAUGAAGAAAAAGCUGAUGAGUAGAGUAGAGCAGGUGAUUCAUGUAAUUUUCUUUGGGAUUUAGGUAACAUUUUUUUAAACCUUUGGAGUUUGGAAAGGGGUGCCUUGGUUUUUUGGUUUACGAAAUUUGAUGUUUUUUUGCUGUUUGGUUUUUGAUCAACGCCCAAGGCCGGGAUUAGGCUUUAUCUGGUGAGGUUUGUGUAAAUAGAGUUUGAAUUUGCUGAUUGACUGGAAUCAUCUAGUGAGAGAGGAAUUUGUACAUGUUGGUGCAAAUUUUAUUCCAAGCACAAGAGGAGGUCAAAGAAAAGGGGAAACAACCUUUGAGUAGAAGAAAUAGGCAUAUGUUUGGCGUGAAGAUGAGAAAACAUGAUGGGGUUUAACAAAGGUUUUCACCGCCGCCAAAGUAGAGUUUUAAAAGGGUGGCGUGGUAGGGCAGCUUCCUUGUUUUUGCCCGUUGAUAAAGGAAAAAGUCGUCCAUCCAACUCCUACUAGUUGGGUUUUGUAUUAUUUUACGACGCCAAUUCUGAUGGCCAGUGGGAUGUUUGGUAAUAUGCUUCCUCGUUAAUCAUUAUAUUUUCUCA